AUGUACUUGCCACUGGAUACAGCAUCAUCGAGGAUGCAGACAAGCGCUUUUGGAAAAUCAAAAGGGCUUUGGCAAACACUUACGGAGGGCAGUUGGAGUGAAGCAUUUGACGGCCUUGGCAUCUCUCUUCUUUUGACUUCGAACCCCGCAAUUCAGUAUACGGUGUUUGAUCAGCUCAAACAAAGACUUCUUAAGGAGAAGCAGAGUAAAAUGGAGAAGGGUUCAACCCCCGAAGCCCUUUCUGCUUUUUCCGCUUUUGUGUUGGGUGCNGGAGAAGCAGAGUAA